AUGGAAAACCAAACAGAAAAUAAAGAAACUUCAGCUAAUCAAUUGGUUGAGGAUAAUAAUGAAAAUAAUAAAAAUAAUAAUAAUAAAAAAAAUAAUAAAAAAAAAUUUAAUAGAAAUAUAAAUAAUCAAUUAGAAACUACCAAAGGUGUAUUGGAUAAUGCCAAGGAGGAUCAAUCAUGGUUAUCUGAAUUAAAACUAGCAUCAUUCGAGCCAUUAAUUGAUUUAGGUAGAAGUGUUUGUUCAAAGUGCGAUAAAAAAAGAAAAUAUUUUUGUUAUGAUUGUUGUAUACCAUUAGGCGAUAUUUCAAAAGUACCAUUAUUAAAACUACCACUUUCAGUAGAUGUAUUACAUUACCCAACUGAAUUGAUUUCAAAAAGUACAGCAAUUCAUUCAAAAGUUUUAGCACAUGAUGAUGUAAAUUUUUUAGAAUUUCCAGAUGAAAUCCCAAAUUAUAAUGUUGAUGAAACUAUUUUAUUAUUCCCAUCGGAUGAUUCAUGUUUUGUUAAAGAUUUAGAUUUUAGUAAUAUUAAAAAAGUAAUUUUCGUUGAAAGUCAAUGGCAAAAUGCAAAAAAGAUUUUAAGAAGCGAUCAAUUAAAGGGUAUUAGAUGUGUAAAAAUAGAUAUGCAAAAGACAAUGUUUUGGAGAUACCAAUCACAUGGCGACAGUUAUUUAGCAACCAUCGAAGCAAUCUAUUACUUUUUCAAAGAAUUUCAUCAAAAUCAAAAUGGAGGUCAAUACAAUGGUGAAUACGAUAAUUUAUUAUAUUAUUAUGCAUUUUUCUAUAAUUUAAUCCAAACCACAUAUAAGGAAAAAAAUAGAGAUUUUUUAAGAAAAGAUAACUAUAUCCAAUAA